GAAAGGUCUGGUCGCAGAGACAGGAACGCAGCAUCCUCAGCGUGCUCCAUCCCGGCAGCGUCCUCCUGCGCUCGCCCGCCCGGGCAGCGAGCCUCCGGAUAACAAACAGCUCCUCUGCUUCUCGGAGAAGCCUGAUGAAGUCCUCCGACAUCGACCAGGACUUAUUUACGGACACUUACUGCAGGGUAUGCAGUGCACAGCUGAUAUCCGAGUCCCAGCGGGUCGCCCAUUAUGAGAGUCGAAAACAUGCAAGCAAAGUCCGGCUAUAUUACAUGCUUCAUCCCAGGGAUGGCGGGUGUCCUGCCAAGAGGCUCCGGGCAGAAAAUGGCAGCGAUGCUGACAUGGUGGACAAGAAUAAAUGCUGUACGCUCUGUAACAUGUCCUUUACCUCAGCCGUGGUGGCCGACUCACACUACCAAGGCAAAAUCCACGCCAAAAGGUUAAAACUGUUGCUAGGAGAGAAACCUCCAUUGAAAACCACAGCAACGCCCCUGAGUUCACUUAAGACCCCUCGGGUGGACACGGCUCCUGUGGUCGCCUCUCCCUACCAAAGAAGAGACUCAGACAGAUACUGUGGUCUCUGUGCGGCCUGGUUUAAUAACCCAUUGAUGGCUCAGCAGCAUUAUGAUGGCAAGAAACACAAAAAGAAUGCAGCACGGGUUGCCUUGCUAGAGCAGCUUGGGACAUCUCUGGAUCUCGGGGAGCUAAGAGGUCUGCGGCGCACCUACAGAUGUACCACCUGCAGCGUGUCACUCAACUCCAUAGAACAGUAUCAUGCACAUCUGCAAGGAUCGAAACAUCAGAGCAACCUGAAGAAUAAGUAGUAAAAGCAUCAAUCAAAAGCUAAGAAGAGAUGCCAGUAUUUCCCUGUGGUGGAGAACUGCUCACCAACCAAAAGAGGAUCCUUCCUUGAGCAAUGAACAUUUCUUACAAGGAUUCACAGAUUAACACAUGACCAAUAUUGAUUUUUGAAAGUAAAUAAGAUUUCUUUUUCUUCUUUUAAUUUAGUGGCAAGUUAUACUUGGAUUUUAAGGAAUCCUUUCCUGAUAACAUGUUUAGCACAAGUUCUAAACUGCAAUCACAGCUAGUCAGAGCAUUAUUCAAACUUACAGAGUGGAAAAUUUAAUUUCCAGUUUAUUCUAGAUUAGAGUUACAGUGAUUUUGUGAGACCCUUCAUGAUUUCAUGUAAGUCUCCUAGAUCCAUUGAUAAAUAUACUUUUGUCAUCAUGAGGAACAUAGUUGGUGACAGCAACCGCAGAAACAGAACAAAUUGUGGUCUGUGGAUUUUGUAUGACAACCAGAAUACCACUCCUUCCUGCUUCACACCGAUGAACCAGCCUUGCCUCUAAAUACCAGGCUUCUGAGAGCAAGUGGAAACAGAGAGGAAGGGCCUUCACUCUGGAUCACCUUGACGGAAAGUUUCCCAAGAUUAAGCCAAGUUCUCCCUGCAAGCUGCCAGAUCAUAGCUUAGGAAAAGAAUUAGUUUGAGUGCAUGAUGAUCCGAUUAAGUAAAAAUGUCUUCACAGCAGUUAAUGCUGGUGGAAUGCUUUUCUGAAGGUAUCUGAAGGAGAAUUUUAAACCCCAGAGUGAGCUGGAAGUAGUUCUUAGAAAGUUGGCCCAGACUGUGGGCUUUAAUUUGGGGUACUGAUGAUUUGGGGGAAACGUGAACUAAAUCCUGAAGAAACUUCAUUCUCCUGUUUCUCUUUCAUCUUGUUGCUGAGCUGGGAUUCGGUGACUUUGAAAAGAAUGCCACUGGGUAGAGGAUGGACCAGAAAUUGAUGCUCUUUGAAGGGAUCAAGUCUGAGUGCAACUGUAAAGAUCCUUCUCCGGGGUUAAUUACAUCACCAUGGGAAGUGGUGUCUUGCAGACACUGCAAGGUUGACACCAAACUUCCAUUCCUGGGCUCUCAGCUGGCUGGAGCAGCCCUUUACACCUUGUGACCACCAGUGAAGUACAACCUUUCCAGACAUCAUUGCUUUCCACAGAGACAUGAGGUGGUUACAGCCAGCGAGCAAUAAAUGAAACGACACGGAAAUGCAUAGUGUUGUUCUUAAGGUGCCUGUUUUGUUGUGUGAGGAGGUCACAGACCGUAGGGACCAGGCUGUGGCCGCGAAGACAGAGGUCACAUACCGGUACAGUCAUGCUGCAGGGGAACAAGACGGGUGUAGCGACAACAAUUUUAUUUUGAUAUUUUAGAAAGAAGCACACAACAGAGUUACAAUCCUGCAGUGAUGGCUUUUCUUUGAAUGUGUGGAAUAAAGCUUUAUUUGUCAAUCCUGCUGUAAUAUAAGCAUAGUCUGAGUUUUUUUUUUUAAGUCUUUUUUUUCUGUUUAUGUUUAGUGCCUGAACUCUUUCCCUGAAGUGUUGUGUUUAUUUUUUUUUAAUGACCUGAGAUAAAAAAAAGCCUGUGAACAUAGAUUUCCUUUGCAUUACAGUGAAGCUUUGCCAAGUCCUUUAUAGAUAAGCCUCCAGCUACAAUAAUCAGAUUAUUUCAGAGUGCCUCAUCUAAAUACCAUUGCUCUUUGGCAAGCUGCCACAAACACCCACCAAACAUUUUGUUGGUUUGAUUGUUCUCAAGUUUGUUCAUGCUCAUGUAGAGAAGGGGAAUGUCAUCCCAGGAUGCCAUGAAGACCACUUGGCCAGACUACAUACUACAGGAAGACUCAGAAAUGCCGCUGUGUUCCGGGGACUGUAGAACAGAAAGACUGCUAUGCAGGAAGCUGCUGCUCACUGUUUCUUUGGUGUGCCUGUAUGUUUAACUAAGUCUUAUGUUACUUUUCAGUUUUAUUAUGAGUAGAUGGGAGUUGGAUUUAGGGUCAAUGUUUUCCAGUGGCCAGUUAAUUCUGCUGGGAAGAAAAGAAACAAAUGCAAGCCUGACUGUGUCUCUGUGCCCUGGCCAGGCCACCUGAAGCUCCCCGGUAGAGAGCAAUGAGACUACAAUAGGAACUUGUUAGGGUGAUUUCUGUAACAUGCCAUUUAAGGAGAACAUAGAGAAUGCUUAUCUAUGAGAGAGAAGGACUGUUAACAUUACUGUCUAAAGUACAAUGGCUGUUCCAGUGUUCAGUCAUGUCAGCUGACCACAUGAGGUUUUGUGGCCACAGUGAGGAAAACACACACCAACUGACCUUGUAUUAAAUCGAUAUUUCUAUGCUUAACAGAACAGUCACUGAUGGUUGACUUCCUCUUUCUCGUUUCGCUCUUUUCAUGCUGUGAUAAAAUCUCCGGACUGCAACACGGCAUUGUCCACCUGCUCUAACCCUGAACUCCACGCUUAGGUCUCAUUCCUCAGAAAGCUGAAUCAUUACUGAGUCCCAGCAAUACAAUUGGAAUUUGCUUUACAAAAUGUUCUUCCCUUUUAUUGCAGAAAUAAGCUUGAGGCUAGCACAUGUGCCAGUGGCCACAAAAGCCAUGAUGGUGAGGCCCAAAUUAAUGAGCUCUCUUUAUAUACAGUCUCCACAGCCCAGUGAACUAAUAAAUAUGCUCAUAAAGCAAUCCGCUAAGCAGCAAGUGCUGGGUGAUUCCUUCUACUGAUAGAGUAGCCAUAAAAUUCUCAUCCACUGCUGCCGGACCGAAAGACCAAUGGGGCUUGUUCUUCCUUGGCCUCUUAGAUGACACAGAACCAUAAAUUGGAACUGCAAAGAUCUUCGUACUGUCUGUAGGAGUAAGUUUACUAGGGCCAACCAUGCCAAAAGGAAAGAACAACGGGACGCAGGCGCAAUGCCGACACUCCCGUUGAACCUGCCGGGUGGAGGGGCCGCCUGUCUGCCAAAGCCGAGGGAGGCAUUUUUGCCAGGGCCGUGGAAAUUCAGAACCCUAACCCCCAAGAAGAGACACCCCGGGUGGUAACUGCAGUCCCCACUAACUAUCUGUCAUUCACUUGAUCAGCUCUUCCGGUGAAUUCUUCCUGUUUUGUAAGAACAGGCCUAAGAAAGGUCUGUCUCUCUAACAUAUUAUUGUUGGAUUAGAUUCCCCCUGCCCCGCACCUUUUCUGAUUUUGAAUCUGUUCAUAUUCAAGGCAUGUUAAACUACCUCAUAGGUUUAUUGUGUGGAUUAGCUGAUUAAUAAAUAACAACUGCUUAAA